AUGGGGUUGGAAACGCUUCCCCCGAGGAUGCUCGUGUUGCUGGUGGCCUCGGGGAUUGUUUUGUACGGGGAGCUUUGGGUCUGCGCUGGCCUCGACUAUGAUUACACUUUUGAUGGGAACGAAGAGGAUAAAACGGACACGAUAGAUUACAAGGACCCUUGUAAAGCCGCUGUGUUUUGGGGUGAUAUUGCCUUAGAUGAUGAAGACUUAAGUAUCUUUCAAAUUGAUAGGACAAUUGACCUUACACAGAAUCCCUUUGGACUUGGACAUACCACAGGUGGAUUUGGAGACCAUAGUAUGUCAAAGAAACGAGGGGCUCUCUACCAGCUUAUAGAGAGGAUAAGAAGAAUUGGCUCUGGCUUGGAGCAAAACAACACAGUGAAGGGAAAAGUACCUCUAAAAUUCUCAGGGCAAAAUGAGAAAAAUCGAGUUCCCAGAGCUGCUACAUCGAGAACAGAAAGAAUAUGGCCCGGAGGUGUUAUUCCUUAUGUUAUAGGAGGCAACUUCACUGGCAGCCAGCGAGCCAUGUUCAAGCAAGCCAUGAGGCAUUGGGAAAAGCACACCUGUGUGACUUUUAUCGAAAGAAGUGAUGAAGAGAGUUACAUUGUAUUCACGUAUAGACCUUGUGGAUGCUGCUCUUAUGUGGGUCGGCGUGGAAAUGGGCCUCAGGCAAUCUCUAUUGGCAAGAACUGUGAUAAAUUUGGAAUUGUUGUUCAUGAAUUGGGCCAUGUGAUAGGCUUUUGGCAUGAACACACACGACCAGAUCGAGAUAACCAUGUCACUAUCAUAAGAGAAAACAUCCAGCCAGGUCAAGAAUACAAUUUUCUGAAGAUGGAGCCUGGAGAAGUAAACUCACUUGGAGAAAGAUACGAUUUUGACAGUAUCAUGCACUAUGCCAGGAACACCUUCUCAAGGGGGAUGUUUCUGGAUACUAUUCUCCCAUCUCGUGAUGAUAAUGGCAUACGUCCUGCAAUCGGUCAGCGAACCCGUUUAAGCAAAGGAGAUAUUGCACAGGCAAGAAAGCUGUAUAGAUGUCCAGCAUGUGGAGAAACCCUUCAAGAAUCCAAUGGCAACCUUUCCUCUCCAGGAUUUCCAAAUGGCUAUCCUUCUUAUACACACUGCAUCUGGAGAGUUUCAGUGACCCCAGGGGAGAAGAUCGUUUUAAAUUUUACCACGAUGGACCUAUACAAGAGCAGCUUGUGCUGGUAUGACUACAUUGAAGUAAGAGACGGCUGCUGGAGGAAAUCGCCCCUCCUUGGUAGAUUCUGUGGGGACAAGUUGCCUGAAGUUCUUACCUCUACAGACAGCAGAAUGUGGAUUGAGUUUCGUAGCAGCAGUAAUUGGGUGGGAAAAGGCUUUGCAGCUGUCUAUGAAGCAAUCUGUGGAGGUGAGAUACGUAAAAACGAGGGACAGAUUCAGUCUCCUAAUUAUCCUGAUGACUACAGACCGAUGAAGGAAUGUGUGUGGAAAAUAACAGUGUCAGAAGACUACUAUGUCGGAUUGACCUUUCAGGCCUUUGAGAUUGAAAGACAUGACAACUGUGCCUAUGACUACCUAGAAGUUCGAGACGGAAACAGUGAAAAUAGCCCUUUGAUAGGGCGUUUCUGUGGUUAUGAUAAACCUGAAGAUAUCAGAUCUACCUCCAACACCUUGUGGAUGAAAUUCGUUUCUGACGGAACUGUGAACAAGGCUGGGUUUGCUGCCAAUUUUUUUAAAGAGGAAGACGAGUGCGCCAAACCUGACCGUGGGGGCUGUGAACAGCGAUGCCUGAACACACUGGGCAGUUACCAGUGUGUGUGUGAGCCCGGCUACGAGCUGGGACCUGACAAGAGGGGCUGUGAAGCGGCUUGUGGCGGACUUCUUACCAAACUUAAUGGCACUAUAACCACUCCAGGGUGGCCCAAGGAGUACCCUCCUAAUAAAAACUGUGUGUGGCAAGUGGUUGCACCAACCCAAUACAGAAUUUCUAUGAAGUUUGAGUUUUUUGAAUUGGAAGGCAAUGAAGUUUGCAAAUAUGAUUAUGUGGAGAUUUGGAGUGGCCUUUCCUCGGAGUCUAAAUUGCAUGGCAAAUUUUGUGGUGCCGAAGUGCCUGAAGUGAUCACAUCUCAGUUCAACAAUAUGAGAAUUGAAUUCAGAUCUGACAACACUGUAUCCAAGAAGGGCUUCAAAGCACAUUUCUUCUCAGACAAAGAUGAAUGCUCUAAGGAUAAUGGCGGGUGUCAACAUGAGUGUGUCAACACAAUGGGGAGCUACAUGUGUCAGUGCCGUAAUGGAUUUGUGCUGCAUGAAAAUAAACAUGACUGCAAGGAAGCUGAGUGCGAACAGAAGAUCCACAGUCCAAGUGGCUUCAUCACCAGUCCAAACUGGCCAGACAAGUACCCAAGCAGGAAGGAAUGCACGUGGGAAAUCAGUACCACUCCUGGCCAUCGGAUCAAAUUAGCCUUUAGUGAGUUUGAGAUUGAGCAGCAUCAGGAGUGUGCUUAUGAUCACUUGGAAGUAUUUGAUGGAGAAACAGAAAAAUCACCAAUUCUUGGACGACUAUGUGGCAGCAAGAUACCAGAGCCCCUUGUGGCCACCGGAAAUAAAAUGUUUGUUCGGUUUAUUUCUGAUGCAUCUGUUCAAAGAAAAGGCUUUCAAGCCACACAUUCUACAGAGUGUGGCGGCCGACUGAAAGCGGAACCGAAACCCAGAGAUCUGUACUCGCAUGCUCAGUUUGGUGAUAACAACUACCCGGGACAGGUCGACUGUGAAUGGCUGGUAGUGUCAGAACGUGGCUUUCGCCUGGAGUUAUCCUUCCCGAUUUUCGAGGUGGAGGAAGAAGCUGACUGUGGCUAUGACUAUGUUGAGCUCUUUGAUGGUCUCGAUUCGACAGCGGUGGGGCUUGGUCGAUUCUGUGGAUCAGGGCCACCAGAAGAAAUCUACUCCAUUGGGGAUGCGGUUUUAAUUCAUUUUCACACUGAUGACACAAUCAACAAGAAAGGAUUUCAUAUAAGAUACAAAAGUAUUAGAUAUCCAGACACCAUGCAUACCAAAAAAUAA